AUGCCGUCUCAAAAAGCGUCGGAACACAGUUCCGUCUCGGUCUACAAUUGGCUUGGGGCCACUACCAAGAGCUGUGACACUGUCGACGCAGCCCUGGAAACACCUUCUUCGGAACGGAUCUUGGCACAAGGACUGGCGAUGGUACUGACUAAGCUCGAGCAGAUGGAUCGCAAGUUGGUGCAACUCCAUGUCGAGCUGAAUGAACACAGAGAAGAGGUAGAACGGAUCCGUGCCAUCCACGAAAAAACGUUCGUCGAUUUGCUGUGGGCGGUAGACCGCCUCGACGACAGCAUAAAGAAGGAUGUUGGCCGCAACAUAAGUCUGCUCCAGGAUCAAUCACUGUUGAUUCUAGCGCAGCAAAGAGCGUGCGCCAGCCAUGAGCAGUUUCGUGAGAAGUGGUUCAACUUUACGACGAAUGACAACGAAGGACAAGGAUGGAUGCAUACGCUAGCACCGUCAACAAUCCCCACAGUACCAACCACAACAGUAUCAGCAACACCACCAACUACACCUGAAACAACUACAACAGUGUACACUAAACAAAUUCCUUUUGCUUCAUGCAAAGAUGCAUCAUUAAAAGUGUCGGGAGUGUAUCUUAUCAAAAUCAACAACGCAAGUUCACCAUUCAACGUUUAUUGUGAGCAGGAGAAAUUUGAAGGCGGUUGGAUUGUGGUGCAGCAUCGUUUCAACGGUUCGGUUGAUUUCUAUCGGAAUUGGACUGACUACCGAGACGGGUUUGGUGAGUUGAACAAAGAAUUUUGGCUCGGAUUGGAGCGAAUUCAUCAACUUACAACUGCCCGGAAACAUGAAAUCUUAAUCGAGAUGAAGGACUUUGAGGGCAUCUAUAAGUAUGCUCGGUACAAUGCAUUUGAAAUUAGUGCUGAGAGUGAGGGUUACAAACUAAAGGACCUGGGCUCGUAUAACGGCACUGCUGGAGACUCAAUGACAACGUACAACAAGGAGGGCACAUUCUUAACGAUGGAUCGGGACAAUUCUUCUUCAAAAUGGGCAGUUUCUUACGAAGGUGGCUGGUGGUACGGUUCUGGUGGCGGUUGGUCGAAUUUAAACGGACGUUACAAGAAUUCUUCCGAUGCAAAAUCAAUUUGGUGGUAUACAUUCAAAGGCGGUGUUCAAGGGUUAAGCUUCAGCAGGAUAAUGAUUCGUGAGUUGUAA